AUGCCGAGAUUUCUUCGGGAAGGAAAGUCCGCGCAUCCACUUUACUCGGGAUUCGCCUCGAGCACUUCCCAAAAGCAAGACGAAGAGCAGAGCUUACUUUUAACAUCAUCUUCAUCAGCAGCCUCUCGAAACAGCGACAUCUCUCGAACCGAGAAAAAUAAGAAUACUAACAACAACGGAAGAAGAAGAAGAGGACAAAGAGGAGCGUUUUCCUUCCAGACGAUUCCUGAGAACGAAGCAAUCUUAAAGCGAGACAAGGAGGAAGACGAAGGAGACUAUUAUUACGACGACACCGACGAAGAAGAAGAUUACGAAGAUUACGACUACGAAGAUGAAGAAGAGGAAGAAGCGAAAUACAGAAGAAAUAACGGCGUCUCCCAUAACAGCUCGAAAGUAUACGUGAGGAACCUCUUCAUCGUUGCGUUUAUGAUGAUGAUGUGCACGUUGGCGACGUGCGUCGGGAUCGCGUCGGCGUACCGACCGUCGAGAACCGGGAUGGUUGGUAGGCGGGACGUGCACCCGAACAAAAACGUACACGUCGUGGCGGAAAGUUUUAGCGACGUGAAGGAAAGUAAGAUGGUGAUUGAUGAGUACAUAGAGAAGAAAAAAGAGAAGAUGAUGCGGGAGAAAGAGAUGUUGGAGAAGAUGAGCGAAAGCGACGGGGAGAGAGAGACGCCGGCGAGUGGUGCUGCGAUUGAGACGAACGACGCGAAAAGUAGCGAUUCUUCUUCUCCUUCUUCUUCUUCUUCUGAAAAAGGACGCGAGAGCCGCUCGAGAAAGAGCGCGAGUAGGAAAAAUAGUAAAAAGAUGAAAGCGGGAAAACAAGAACGAGAGGAACAAUCGUCGACCGAGGAGGCCGAGGCAAAGACGACGACAAUUGUGGAAAACAUCACCCCGAAGACGCUUUUGGAAACCGUUCGCGACGUCAAGCACGUGCACGAAGCGGAAAAGAAAGUGAAAGAAAACGGCGGGAGUUUGAUCGACGUCGUCGCCGAAAUACAAGAGAAAGAGGAAGAGAGCGACGGGAGCGUCAACUCCUCUUCUUCGUCCUCUUCGAAAGCGGAGAGUGAAGGAGAAGGAGAAAGAGGAGGAGAAGAAGAAAAUCUCAACGACGACGACACCGAUGAUACCGAAGAGACGACAACCGCAACGACCGCGGUUGUCCCCGGAAGCGUCGCCGUCCUCGGUCCUCAAACCAACGUAAAAAAUAGCAUAGAAUCCAUCGAGUUGAUCAGCAACGCCACCUCCCAAAACGCCCAAUCCUGGGGCAUCGAAGACGGAGAGGAAAAGAACGACGACGAGGAAAACCCUGAGGAGGAAGAGACGACGACGACGAAGAGGAAAGUGAAAACGAAAUUAAGGAGUAGCAGUAAAAACAAGAAAGAAAAACAUUGGUCACCAUCAAAUUCAACAGAAAAAACCAAAACACUUUACACUUUUCCUUUGUUGGACGAACGAAUAAUAAGUCAUUUAAUACGAGCGAAAGAGCGAGAGCACACACACACACACAUGCGCAUCCCGGGUCCAGCGGGAGAGUUGCACGCGCGUCGCGCCGCCGCGCUUCGAGAGCAGGAGCAACGCGACGAUAAAAACUUGAAAAACAUUAUUCAAAACGAACAACACCAACGACGACGGGGAGAUGAAGAAGAAGGAGAAGAAGGAGAAGAAGACAAAAAAGAAAUAGACCAUCGUCGUCUUCCGAAGAAUGAAGCGAGUACUGCGAGUAAGAACAGAGCGAAGCGCGCGUUGUGGAAGAAACUGCUCGAGUACGAUCCCGCAUCGAAGAAUAAGAAGAAUAAGGACGACGACGAUUCGCUUUUCGAGCAAAAACAGUACCAAACCAUCCAGUGGUUAAAAAACGGCGGAUGGCGAAGCGGUCGAUUGAGCAAAGGAAGAUUUAUCGUCGAAAAGGCGAAGAAGAUAAAGAGGAAGAGUGGGAUGCGCGUCUUUGGUGGUGGUGGAGGUAAAGGAGGAGAUCAAAAUCAAACGCGUGCAUCAUCAUCAUCGUCUUCUUCUUCGUUGAAAGUCUUCGAUGGAAGUUUACUCGUAUCGGACGAAAACGGAGAUACGAUGACGGCGACGUGCGACGGAGAGACGCUUCAGAUGCUCCUCAAUCAUAAGAACGAUGCAAAGAAGAGAAAGACGAGGGUAGGGGUGAUCGUCAGAGACGUCGCGGUGUUGAACGCGAGCGCGACGGAGCAACACUUGGUCUUGAAGAGGAAGAGUUUGGUGGAGAUUUUCUUUCAAGAGGAAGAAGAAGAGGAAGAAGAGAAAGAAGGAAGCAGAGGCAAAGAAAACGCAGGUACAGUUUCGAUAGACGUAGGUAGAGUAGAAAAAGCAGCGCCGCACUCGCAAGUGCCGCAACCGAAAGCAGUCUCCGCGUUCGCUUUGCAGGCGAUGAAGCUCAUGGAAAAGCGAAAAGCGAAAGCGGCGGCAAAGGCGGCGGAGGGCACUAAAAGUCAAUAG